GCUGUCGUGGACGAAACCAGAGAGGGGCCCCUAGAAGCAGGCUGCAGUAUGAUCCCUGAAUUCCUCUGCCUCCUCUGCUUUGGGCUGUGUGCUGGCCAAGGAAGCAGGACAACUGAUGAGUCCCUUCCCAAGCCCUCCCUCAGGGCCUGGCCCAGCUCGGUGGUGUCUCGCAAGAGUAAUGUGACGCUGCAAUGCUGGACUUCUACCAAGAAUGUCAACUUUGUUCUCAGAAAGGGAAAAAAUAUCUUGCAGUCUGUGCAAUCAUGGGCUUCCACAGAGGGCCUGGCUGAAUUUCACUUCACUGACCUAAACACCAACAAUGCUGGAGAGUACACCUGUGAGUACUACAGACUAGGGAGCCCGUACAUAAGUUCACAGCCCAGUGACAUCCUCCUACUGCUGGUGACAGGAGAUUUACCAAAACCUUCCCUCCAAGCCCACCAAAGGGGUGAGGUGACCGCAGGAGACACUGUGACCCUGCAGUGCCAGAGGCCAGACAAUAUUUUCGUGCCUGUAAUGUUCGCUCUACUGAAGGCGGGAGCAGCAGGGCCCAUACAGGUCCAGAGUCCUGCAGGGAAGGAGGCGGAUUUCUCCCUCCGGACUGUGACAAUCAGUGAUGCGGGGAACUACAGCUGUGUGUACUUUCUGGUGAAGGCUCCUUUCCUGACCUCACAGCCUAGUGAUCAUCUUGAGAUCCGGGUGACAGCUCCCCCAGAUGCCACGUCGGGGGAUUACACCAUGGGCAACUUCAUCCGACUGGGUCUGGCUGCCAUAAUGGUGGUGAUUAUGGGGGCUCUCGUGGUGGAAGCCUGGUGCAGCCAGAAGGAGUCUCCACGUGGAUCCGUAUGAAACACCUGAGCGCCUCUCUUGUUCAUGGGCUGCUGUAGUGACAUGGGGUUCUCUAAACACCGAACUCUCCCAUGGGACUUCUUGUGUUUCUCAACAUGGGCACAGAUGGCAUUUUUGGUGGGAUAUUUCUUCACCAUAUGGGACCAUCCUGUUCGUUGUGGGAACAUUUAGCACUGUUCCUCUUUCCCAUUAAAGAGCAGUUGAAGCCCCAAAUCACUGUGGAAGAUGAUAACAAGCAAGUACUACUGCACUUUUCCAACACCCCUAGAUAUGGAGGAUGGGAGUGGGGUGGUGUCCCCCCGGCG